AUGACACCGCCAGAUACCCCCAACGGCUCCCAUGAAGACCUCACCAACCACCCCUUGCCACCACCCGUCUUCCACAACUUCCUGAGGGCCUUCUAUCCCUUUCACCCCAACUAUUCCAUCACCGACUCCAGCGUCACCUUGCCGCUCAACGAAGGCGACGUCAUCUUGGUACAUUCAAUACACACAAACGGCUGGGCGGAUGGGACACUGCUUCUGUCGGGUGCAAGAGGAUGGCUUCCCACAAACUACUGCGAGGCAUAUGACCCGGAAGAGAUGGGGAACCUACUCAAGGCCUUGUUGAACUUCUGGGACCUUCUGCGAAGCACUUCGGUCAACGACAGCGAGAUCUUUGGCAACCAGGAGUUCAUGAAGGGCAUCAUUGCCGGCGUGCGGUAUCUACUGGAACGAACACACUGCCUGACCCGUGAGUCAGCCAUCAUCCAACGCCACGAGAGCCUUCGUAAGGGCCGCAAGUCUCUCCUGUCCGAGCUCUCUGCCCUCGUCAAGACGGCCAAGAGGCUACAAGAGGGACAGCGCGGUCUGCUGUCGCCUUCCGAGGAUGUCAACGACAUUGUCGACGAGAUGAUUCUCAAGGCAUUCAAGAUUGUGACCAAAGGUGUGCGAUUUCUGGAUGUCUUCGAGGAUGACAGGAGGUCAAGAGCACCCGCAGUCACCGUCAUGGCCACCGUCAUGGAGGAGUCGUAUAUUCCGCCCACGCCGCCGGCCGACUACACUCGAUUCGAGGAACAGUCGAACGCGAGUGACGGCUCUUCCCGAGCAGGCAACCCGGCGCUCGCCGAAGACGUCGUUGGCGCGCCCACAUCUGCACCCACCAACAAGCGUUUAUCAACUAUGCGAUCCUCUGUAACGCCAGCCUCGCACCGCAUGUCGCAGAACGUCAACCGCAUGUCCUCGGGCAUCUCUCACCGGGUGUCGCUGGCCGGCCCUUCGCCACUGUCAAGGCCUCAACACCUUGUCUCGGAACGUCUCAACAAGAGCCACGACACAUUCUUGUCCCACCUGGGCUCCUUCAUCGGACGGCUGCACCUGCAGUCGCAAUCGCGACCAGAGUUGGCGUUCGCCAUCAAGCUGUCUGCGACAUCUGGCGGAGAGCUGCUGGCUGUCAUUGAUGUUGUGUGCAGCCACAGUAGCAUGAGCUCCGAUGUGCUUCCCAGGGCUCGGGAAACCAUGUUUGAUAGGAUACAGGAGCUGGUGUCCGCCGCUGGCGAUAUUAUCUACCACGCCGCCAUGCAGGAAGAGGAUGUCAUCAUGCCACAGGACAACGGAGUCUUGCUUAUGGCAGCGACUGGCUGCGUCAAGGCCGCCGGCGAGUGCGUGGCCAAGUCAAAGUGGAUGAUUGAGCGGGUAGGCGAUUUCGAGUACGAGUUUGAAGCCGGCGAUUUGGGUAUCGAUCUCAGCGUCCUCGACGUCACGCACUAUGAGCGCAGGCCCUCUGUUGCCCACUCGGUCGCCGAAACGACAACGUCCCAGGCCACGAGCGUGGCCGAAUCCACAAAGACGGUCGAGUCGGCGCGAUCGGGCCCCUCUCGCCUGCCCAUUGACGCCGACAAGCCUCUUCCUGAGCUUCCACAGAUCACGUCUCCGACCGUCGACGAGUCUCACCACUCACCUGCGAGCUCACGACCUUCCUCAUACGAUGACAAUGCCUCGAGUGCCGCAUCUUCAGUCUCCUCGAUCCGCCCCACCCUCCCCCCGCUGCCUCAUGUGUCUUCAACGCUACUGUCCACCGACGAGUUUGUUAGCCCGACGGACAGGCCGGCGCAGGAGUCGGACAAUCACGCAUCCUUCCGUUCGGAUUUCAAGGCUGGCUCCAUCGCAGGAAGUAGCACGUACAUGAACCGUGAUUCUGAGUCCAGCCUUCUCUCUCAGACGUCGACGCGGGCUACUACACCUGAACAUGGUCCGAGCCCAAGGAACCAGCCAUCCAUGUCCGAUCUCAGCAACGCUGGCAGCUCCACUCAAGUUGAAGAGGUUGACGAUGUUGAAUCAAGACUCCUUGAAAAGACCUAUGCCCACGAGCUCAUGUUCAACAAGGAGGGCCAGGUCACUGGCGGCUCUCUCUCCGCCCUCGUCGAAAGGCUCACGACCCACGAGUCCACGCCCGAUGCCACCUUUGUCUCAACCUUCUACCUAACAUUCCGUCUCUUCUGCCCUCCUGCCAAGCUUGCCGAAGCUUUGAUCGAUCGCUUUGACUACGUCGUUGACGCCCCUCAUGUGGCUAUGCCCGUCAGACUCCGGGUCUACAACGUCUUCAAAGGCUGGCUCGAAACACACUGGAGAGAUGACACGGAUCGAGAAGCACUUGGUCUCAUACAACCCUUUGCCGAGCAAAAGCUGGCGGCCGCUCUACCCUCGGCAGGUCGCCGGCUGCUCGAGCUUGCGGAGCGCGUCUCCAGCGAGGGCUCUCUGGUGCCUCGCCACGUUUCGUCCAUGGGCAAGACCAACACUUCGAUCGCUCAAUAUGUUCCCGCCGACACGCCUCACCCUGCCCCGAACUUCACCAAGAGCCAGCUGAACGCGCUGGUCAACUGGAAGAAUGGCGGCAACUCGCCCAGCAUCCUGGACUUUGACCCUCUCGAGGUGGCCCGCCAACUCACCAUUAAGCAGAUGAACAUCUUUUGCGCCAUCCUCCCCGAAGAACUUCUCGCCUCGCAAUGGAUGAAGAACAGCGGCGUCGAUGCGCCCAACGUCAAGGCCAUGUCCGCCUUCUCUACCGACCUUUCCAACCUCGUCGCCGAGACUGUCCUUCAGUUCUCCGAAGUCAAGAAGCGGGCCACCGUUAUCAAGCAGUGGAUCAAGAUUGCGCACCAGUGCUUGGAGCUGCACAACUACGACGGCCUCAUGGCUAUCAUCUGCAGCCUCAACAGCAGCACCAUCAGUCGCCUGCGCAAGACGUGGGAUAUCGUGUCGGUCAAGCGUCGUGAGAUGCUUCGUCACCUCCAGGCCAUUGUCGAACCGUCCCAAAACAACAAGGUGCUUCGCACGCGACUGCACGACCAUGUCCCGCCAUGUCUGCCAUUCCUCGGCAUGUACCUGACAGACCUUACUUUUGUCGACAUUGGCAACCCAGCCACGAAGCAACUGCCAGGCCUCAGCGGCGACGGCCCCGAGGAGAACGGCGGAGGCCUGACCGUCGUCAACUUCGACAAGCACACGCGCACGGCCAAGAUUAUUGGCGACCUCCAGCGCUUCCAAAUCCCAUAUCGCCUCACCGAGGUUCCCGAGAUGCAAGAUUGGAUGGCAGCACAGAUCCUUCGUCUCCGAGAGAGCGACCAGGGUAACGUGCAGGUCACCUAUUACAGGAAGAGCCUGCUGCUGGAGCCUCGGGAACUGGCCGUCCGCACGCCAGUUGACGGGCAAGCCGCCAACAACAGCGCACGCGGUGCUGACCUCUUCGGCUGGAUGACGAGAGAUCGCAGCGGGGCCAACACGCCGGCACCCAUUUGA